CCGUACAAACUGGACACCGUCGAAAUCUUCAAGGACCACCUCGCGUUGAGUAACCUGGAGAUUCGAGGUUUAGCUGAACUCAAAGUUUUAGAGGCAAGGCCGCAGAUUGGCAACGACAGCGUCAAGCUCGACCUCGACGUCGAACUACCUCGCCUGCUGGCCAAGAUGGACUACGAGGGCGGCGGCUCCUUUGGCAGCCUGAACAUCAGCAGUCGUGGGCACGUCGACACGAGUACCACCGAUUUAAAGAGUACCUGGAGUUUGUACGGUCACGUGGAAAAUGACAAAUGGACCGUCGAUCAGUUUAAAAUCAAAGUCAACAAUGGCGAAAUGCGCAACGGUGACAUCCUUAUGGCCGAGGAACUGCAGCCGAUCAUGGGAGAAAUCAUGAACUCGCGCCUUCCCAGAUUUGUCAACGAGCUGAUGUUCUCCAAUAAUGUCUCGGUGUCCCAGCUGUUUCCCAAAUAGAGACAGCACAGCUUUAUCUUUUUUUUUUUUUCAACAUUGGACAUUUGCAUAAUUAAUAAAAAAAACAUGCGGCAGCAGAAACAUACUCAUAUAUGGAUAAUCGAUUAUUUGAUCAUUAAUUGCUUUUAUUUAUUAAAUAUACAUAUCAAAAUAAAAUUAUUAUAGCAUGAUAACGAAACAAAAAGGGGGAGAAUUGACAACUGCAUACGUUCCAAAAGUCAGAUUCACGUGUUCACACCUUGCAAAGUAUUUUAAAUUUUAUUCAGAUAUUCGAUAUGUCUAUAAGUCAUUUCACAAGAAUGAGUGAACUGAAAAAUAGUUGAAUUUUCUUGUGUACGGAUAACAGUAAGAGGUGAGCUAUAGUACUUUAUUAAUAUUCAAAUACCGUGUGUUUUGUAUGAAGCUUAUUGUGUAUUAAUAAAUGUAUUUAAACAUAAAGCAAUAAAGUAC